AUGUCGGAGGAGAAGCACCACCACUUCUUCAACCACCACAAGAAGGACGAGGAGCAGCCCACCGGGGAGUACGGGUACUCCGAAACCGCGACUGCCGAGGUGGUGACCACCGGUGAGGACGAGUACAAGAAGGAGGAGAAGGAGCACAAGCACAAGCAGCACCUCGGCGAGGCCGGCGCUACCGGCGCCGGCGUCUUCGCACUUUACGAGAAGCACGAGGUGAAGAAGGACCCCGAGCACGCCCACAGGCACAAGAUCACGGAGGAGGUCGCGGCGGCAGGGGCUGUAGGCGCCGGCGGCUACGCCUUCCACGAGCACCACGAGAAGAAGAAGGACCACAAGGACGCUGAGGAGGCCAGCAGCGAGAAGAAGCACCACCACCUCUUCGGCUGA